GUUGAGGGGGAAAAAACUCGCACUGACUUGUAGUCAAGAGGCAGACAGACCACGCCUGAAAAAACAGGGGCGUAGAAGGAAUUUAGACUUUUCCACCAGUGAAACACAUCCCAACUAUUUUCCUCUUUUCACUGUGUCGACGCAGUCAGCCACCCGAACCGACAGAGGAGAAGGAAAAGGACUUACACAAUGGCUGGGGUGGCAUCAACGUUGGCCAAGAAGAGGGCUUUGGCCGCAGGAUUUGGCACUAAUGCCAAUGCGUCGAAGUACCUAAACCAAGACUUCGAGUCUCUCAGGAGCGAGUGUCUGAGUAGAGGUUCACUUUUCACGGAUUCCACUUUUCCAGCCGAACCUGCGUCCUUGGGAUUCAAUGAGCUCGGACCGAGAUCUUCCAAAACCAGAGGUGUGCAAUGGAAACGACCUGGGGAGCUGGUGUCCAGCCCAGAGUUCAUCGUUGGUGGAGCCUCGAGAACCGACAUCUGCCAAGGCGGCUUGGGUGACUGCUGGCUCCUGGCAGCCAUCGCCUCUCUGACCCUGAAUGAAGAUGUGAUGGCCCGGGUUGUUCCUGCAGGACAAGGCUUUGGACGUGGAGAGUACGCUGGGAUCUUUCACUUCCAGUUCUGGCAGUUUGGUGAGUGGGUGGACGUGGUGAUUGACGACCGGCUGCCGGCGAAGGAUGGAGAGCUGUUGUUUGUUCACUCAGCUCAGGGCUCUGAGUUCUGGAGCGCCCUACUGGAGAAGGCCUACGCCAAGGUGAAUGGAUGCUAUGAGGCUCUGUCAGGGGGCUCCACCACUGAGGGCUUUGAGGACUUUACAGGAGGGAUAGCAGAGAACUAUGACCUGAAGAAGGCUCCCUCCAACCUGUUCCAGAUUAUCAGGAAAGCCCUGGCCUCUGGAGCUCUGCUGGGCUGCUCCAUCGAUAUCACCAGCCAGGCAGACUCGGAGGCCAUCACCUAUCAGAAGCUGGUGAAAGGACACGCCUACUCUCUGACCGGGGCUAUCGAGGUGAACUACCGUGGCCAAUUGAGUGUAACAGGUGGUUCUUCUCUCUCUUUCUCCAGCUCCUCUGAGUGGAACAACGUGGAUGUUUCUGAGCGGGACAACGUGAAGGCAGACGAUGGAGAGUUCUGGAUGUCCUUCUCUGACUUCACGAGGCACUACCAUCGUCUGGAGCUCUGCACUUUGACCCCUGACACACUGACCACUGAUGACAUUAAACACUGGAGCGUGUCUAACUACGAUGGGGCCUGGAGGAAAGGAUCAACCGCAGGAGGAUGCCGGAACAACCCCUACACGUUCUGGAUGAAUCCCCAGUUCAAGAUCAAGCUGGAGGAAGAGGAUGACGACCCGGGGGAUGAUGAGGUGGGCUGUAGCUUCGUGGUGGGACUCAUUCAGAAGAACAGAAGACGGAUGAGGAAAGCAGGAGAGGACAUGCACACCAUCGGAUUCGCCAUCUAUGAGGUGCCAGAACAGUUCCACGGCCAGCGGGAGGUCCACCUGGAUAAGAACUACUUCCUGUCUCACGCCCAGACGGCCCGUUCGGAGACCUUCAUCAACCUGAGAGAGGUCAGCACCCGCUUCAAACUGCCCCCAGGAGAGUAUCUCAUAGUCCCCUCUACCUUCGAGGCCAACCUGAACGGGGACUUCUGCCUACGAGUGUUCUCCGAGAAACAGGCCGAGACACUGCCCUGUGACGACCCUGUUAAGGCAGAACUAGAGGAUGAUACAGUACCCGAGGGGGAGGUUGAUGCUGGCUUCAGAGGCCUGUUCACUAAGCUAGCUGGAGAUGAUAUGGAGAUUUCAGCAUCUGAGCUCAGGAGUAUUUUCAACAAAAUCGUUGCUAAGCGAACGGACAUAAAGACCGACGGCUUCAGCCUGGACACAGCCAGAAUCAUGGUCAACCUCAUGGACGACAGUGGUAAUGGCAAACUGGGGCUGGGAGAAUUUGCAACACUGUGGAAGAAGAUUCAGAAAUACCUGUCCAUCUAUAAGAGCAAUGACAUGGAUGGGUCUGGCUGUAUGAGCACACCAGAGAUGAGGAUGGCCUUGAGCAAAGCAGGUUUCAGCCUGAACAACACUCUCCACCAGGUUUUGGCAGCUCGGUAUGGAGAGGCCGACAUGACCAUUGACUUUGAUAACUUCGUGGCUUGCGUCAUGCGCCUGGAGAUGAUGUUCAAAGUCUUCAAGAAGCUUGACAUGGAUGACACUGGUUUCAUUGAAUUGGAUUUCUUCCAGUGGUUGUCAUUUUCCAUGAUCUAGAAGAUGGCAGCACAAGACCUGUUCUCUCAGACUGUUCUCUCUCUGACUGUUCUCUCUCAGACUGUUCUCUCUGACUGUUCUCUCUGACUGUUCUCUCUCAGACUGUUC